CCGGCGGUCAUCAUUGACAACGGUUCCGGUCACGUCAAGGCCGGUGUUGCGGGCGAGGAGGCGCCACGGUGCGUUUUCCCAGCCGUCGUUGGCAAACCAAAACAUGCCGCGAUGAUGCCAGGUAGUGACAACAAGGAGUAUUACCUUGGCGAGGAAGCUGUUGGCAAGCGUGGAGUGCUGUGCUUGUCUUAUCCGAUUGAGCAUGGCAUUGUCAAAGACUGGUCUGAGAUGGAGAAGGUGUGGCAUCACACCUUCUUCGAUGCACUGCGCGUCAAUCCGGAAGAACAAGCCUGCGUUGUGAGCGAGGCACCCAUGAACCCAAAAAAGAAUCGAGAAAGAAUGAUCGAGAUGUUGUUUGAAAAGUUCAGCUGCCCUGCUGCCUACAUCGUUAUCCAGGCUGUCAUGUCGCUGUACUCCUACGGACGCACAACAGGGACUGUGGUGGACUCCGGCGAUGGUGUGACCCAUACAGUUCCAGUCUAUGAAGGCUAUGCACUUCCUCACGCGAUUCAGCGGUUGGAUCUUGCAGGCAGAGAUUUAUCUGAGUACAUGAUAAAGAUUCUGCAUGAAAGCGGGCACAACAUGACAUCAUCCUCUGAGAAAGACAUUGCACGAGAAAUGAAGGAGACAACCUGCUACGUUUGCAGUGGUGAUUGGAAAGCUGAAAUGCAGUCUGCCAAGGAGCGUCCAACCGAGUACGAAAAGAUUUUUAGCCUGCCAGAUGGGCAGCAGGUGGCUCUUUCCUCUGAGCGGUUCCGGGUCCCAGAAGUCAUGUUUGAUCCGAUGAUCGCUGGAAGAGAGCUCCCAGGGCUGCAUCAGUCCAUCAACCGUUGUAUCCAGGCCUGCGAGAUCGACCUCCGCAAGGAUCUAUUCAAGAACAUUGUUCUCAGCGGAGGAAAUACGAUGUUCCCUGGUAUAGCUGACCGAUUAGAGGCUGAACUCAAGGCCCUGGCACCACAAAAAAUCACGGUUAAAGUGGUCGCAAAUCCGCAAAGAAGGUACAUCGUUUGGAUGGGUGCUUCCAUCCUGACUCGACUUUCGAGUUUCCAAAGCAUGCUAAUCUCGAAAGCAGAGUAUGAUGAUGUAGGGCCGGCCGUUGUUCAUAGCAAGUGCUUCUGA